AUCUGGAACAACACAACAUGUGGUUAAUGUGUAAUACCAGAGCAUACUUGCACUUUGUUUCACCAAAUAAGAGAUGGAGCUUUCAGACGCAUUCCUGCCCAAGCUGAAUGGUUAUGCUCCCAAACCCGACCAGAAUCAAAAAGAUGGCGAUACACAAAAUGAAGAUUAGAUUUAUUUUUAUUGUAACCUACAUGAGCUUCCUUGCUCCUGUCCACAAAGCAUCGCUUCUAAAUGCCACAAUCUCUGAUCUCUCCUUCAAAAAUAUGGAUUGUGCCAUGACCCUCUACAGAACGAUAUCAGGCUACCACGACAAGAACAUUUUUUUCUCCCCUCUGAGCAUCUCAAACGGCUUUGCUGCUCUCUCAAUGGCCUCGAAUGGUGUCACACAUCAGGAAAUACUGAAGGGACUCAACCUGGAGCAGCUGGAUCAGGCUGAUCAGCCAGAACUCAUCCCGAAACUCUUCCAGCUCCUCAAUGAGAAUAUCACACAGAACGGCUCACUGAAACUGGACCAGAGCAUGGCCCUGUUUAUGCGGCCAAAGUUUGAGGUAGAAAAGAUAUUCGAACACCAGAUCAAGACAUUUUUUGACGCUGAUAUCAAAAGUUUAGACUUUGCCAACACAGAAGAGAGCAUUAGAAUCAUCAAUGAGUAUAUCCAGAACAAGACUGAGGGCAAGGUGGUUGAUAUGAUUUCCAGUCUGGAUUCAGCAACCCAGCUCAUGCUAAUAAGUACAAUUUUCUUCCAAGGGACCUGGCAGAAGCCUUUCAACCCAAACUACACUGACAACGCUCCCUUCUACAUUGACAACUACAAAGUUGUGCAAGUGCCGAUGAUGUUUAUGGAGGAUAAGUUCUACAUGAUGGAAGACAUGUCUCUUGGUGUAAAAGGGCUGAAGCUACCAUACCAGGAAGGUGUUUCAAUGCUUGUCCUGCUCCCCAACAGAGGCACGGACUACACUGUGAUCGAUGAAGAGAUUACUGCUGAGAGGUUCCUCAGCUGGAUCAAAAAUCUGCGCAAAAUCAAAUUGGAAGUGAUCAUGCCAAAAUUUAAGAUGGAAGAGUCGUAUUCUCUGCAUAACCUUCUCCCACACAUGGGCAUGGCCACGAUCUUCAGUAAUUCAGCCAAUUUGACGAAGCUGAGCAAGAACAAAGGACUCAAAGUGUCUGAGGUGCUGCACAAGGCAGUGAUUGAGGUGGAUGAGAAGGGGACCACUGCAGCAGCUGCCACCACAAUCAGCAUUACUCCAUAUUCCUUACCCAGGACCUUCACCGUCAACAGACCCUUUUCCUUCUUCAUAUACCACGAAAAAACAAACUGUCUGCUGUUCAUGGGCAGAGUGAUUGACCCCACCAAAAACUAACAGUACACUGUGCAGUUUGAGUUUUGAAGUGCUUGCACAUUUUCUUUAUUCAGGCUAUAAAAACUGUUUUGAUGCAUUUUAAAUGUUAAAUUUAGCUUUGAAAUGCUUCUAAUUGUCUGUUUAGUAAGCCUGAAUAUAUUACCUAGAUCUAUAUGAAUAAAGAAUUUAAAUAAAAA